CGAAAAAUUCUUUAAUUAAAGCAAAAUGUUGUGCGGUGAUAUUAAACGCGUUGAAACAUGCGAGACGUAAUUAUAAAUGGAAUACUUUGAUCAGAGCAAUAUUACGAAAUCAAGAUACAUGGCAGUGUUUCGUCUUAAAUCCUGCUUGCAGCGACAACGAGACUCCUGUAUUGCAUUUUAACUUCCUUCAACGUAGUACGUUCUAGACGAAGACGAGGCGAAAAUACAAUAUAAUGGCUAAGAGAAGAAUUUCAAGUCGAUUAUCCAAGAAUACAUUCUUCGGUUCUAAAUUUCUCAAUUCAGACACAGACAUUAUUGACGAAGAGCAAACACAUUGGUGGAACAAUUUGGAUGAGAAUAUGUCUUCCCGGCGUUCUUCCUUAUUUAUUAAUAAUAAAAAUGAUCUGACUCCCAAUUCACAAUUACAUUCUGAUGAUAACAUAUCAGAAUGGUGGAAACAUUUAGGAUCUUCGGAUGAAAGCUCUCUAACAAAAUCGAGAAAAAAUUUAAGUGCAGUAUUAAAGAAAACUCAUCUGAUUGAAACAACUGAUUCAGAGUCAGAAACUAAUUUAUUGAAGAGAAAAGUUUUAUUGAGAGGUAGAAACAGAAAGAGUGAUAGCAAUGCUUUCUCGAAUGCCUUAAAUGAUACCGAAAAUAUCCUAACAAAAGGUGAUAGUUUGAAGAAAAUAUCUAGAAGAACAUUAAUAUCAGAUGAUCAAAGCUCUUAUUCAACAAAAUCAGGACAAGAUUUAAAUGCAGUAAUAAAGAAAUCUCAUCUCGAAAUAACUGAUUCGGGAUCAGAAAAAGAAUCUAAUUUAUUAAAGAAAAAAGUUUUAUUGAGAAGAAGAAGCAGAAAGAGUGAUAGCAAUGCUUUCUCAAACGUCUUAAAUGAUACCGAAAAUAUCCUAACAAAAGAUGAUAGUUUGAAGAAAAUAUCUAGAAGAACAUUAAUAUCAGAUGAUCAAAGCUCUUAUUCAACAAAAUCAGGACAAGAUUUAAAUGCAGUAAUAAAGAAAUCUCAUCUCGAAAUAACUGAUUCGGGAUCAGAAAAAGAAUCUAAUUUAUUAAAGAAAAAAGUUUUAUUGAGAGGUAGGAGCAGAAGAAGUAAUAGCAAUACUUUUUCGAAUGCCUUAAAUGAUAACGAAGACAUUGAAAUGAGAAAUGAUAGUUUGGAGAAAAUAUCUGGGAGAAAAACGCUCGAAAAAACAUCCUUGACACUUUCAAUGCAAAAUAUUAAUGCAAAUAAAGAUCAUAAUUAUGAUGAUCAAAGGAAAGAAAAACAAUUAUCGCAAACAUUAUCACUAGAAAAUAAUGAAGCUGGUCCAUCAAAUUUAUCAUCUUCAAGAGUAAUGUUUGAAAAUAUUGCUGCGUCUGAUAUUAAUAAGAUUGUCGAAAAUGAUGGAAGUGAUAUUGAAAUUAAUAAUCAUAAACGUUUCAAAUUUAAAUCCUAUCUUAUGCAACGUGCGCAGAGAAGCGCGGGAAAUAAUAAUUUUGAAGAUAUUCUAAUCGAAAAUAGAGAUAUAAAUUUAUCUCUUGAACAUAAUCAGGAUAAAGAGAUUGCUACUUCUCAUCCAAAAUCUCCAUUAAUAUCAAAUUCAUUUAGCAAUUCUCCAAGAAAAUCUAUUAAUAGAUCUAAGCAGAAAAUUGAUUCUAGAGACAAAAGUGGGUCCCUAAAGUCACCAAUUCGUAGAAGCUCAAGAUCUUUAAAUUUAUCUGAAUAUAAUCAAGAAAAGGAGAUUGCUAUUUCUGAUCCAAAAUCUCCAUUUUUAACAAAUUCAUUAAGCAGUCCUUCAAGAAAAUCCGUUAAUAGAUCUAAGCAGAAAAUUGAUUCUAGAGACAAAAGUGGGUCCCUAAAGUCACCAAUUCGUAGAAGCUCAAGAUCUUUAAAUUUAUCUGAAUAUAAUCAAGAAAAGGAGAUUGCUAUUUCUGAUCCAAAAUCUCCAUUUUUAACAAAUUCAUUAAGCAGUCCUUCAAGAAAAUCCGUUAAUAGAUCUAAGCAGAAAAUUGAUUCUAGAGACAAAAGUGGGUCCCUAAAGUCACCAAUUCGUAGAAGCUCAAGAUCUUUAAAUUUAUCUGAAUAUAAUCAAGAAAAGGAGAUUGCUAUUUCUGAUCCAAAAUCUCCAUUUUUAACAAAUUCAUUAAGCAGUCCUUCAAGAAAAUCCGUUAAUAGAUCUAAGCAGAAAAUUGAUUCUAGAGACAAAAGUGCAUCCCUAAAGUCACUGAUUCGUAGAAGCCCAAGAUCUUUAAAUUUAUCUGAACAUAAUCAGGAUAAGGGGAUUGAUAUUUCUGACCCAAAAUCUCCAUUAAUAUCAAAUUCAUUUAGCAAUUCUCCAAGAAAAUCUAUUAAUAGAUCUAAGCAGAAGAUUGAUUUUACAUACGAAAGUACAUCCUUGAAGUCACCAAUUCGUAAAAGCUCAAAAUCUUUAAGAACAGAUGAACCAUCUACAUCGAAUGUUCGGACGUUUCAAUCUAUCUUUGCUGAGAAGUAUGAGGAGAUUCAGGCAGAGGUUGCUCGUGAUAUGGCUGCGAUGAAAAUGGAAGAGAAGAAAAAAGCUGCAUUAAAAGUAGAAAAUAAGAAACGUCUUGCAUUGUCUAAGAAACAACCCAGGAAGGAGGUCAAACCUGUAAAGGUAGUGAAUAAGGCAUAUCUGGUGAAUGGAAAGGUGUGGAAACCACCACCACUCCCUCGUCCGAAGCCCUGGGCCACUAAUCAUCUUUAUAAUUUUUUGUGGAAAAAAAUGGAAUCGAAGUAUCAAUUGUCAACUAGAGUGCGAUCGGAAAAACUCAUGGUGCAGCUAUCCAAGAUAGUUUCCUAUAUUCAGCGUUGUAAAAAGUAUGAGAAUUACAAAUGCGAAUUAGAAGCCUUGAUGAUGGAAAUGGCUCGUUUAAACAUUAUCAAUACCCGUAGGGAAUUUCACCAUUUCUGUCAGGAAUUUAUGCCAUACGAAUUUCGCAUUAAAGUCAUCCCUAUGUUAUUGCCCGGCAAUUUGCGAAAUAUACCCUUUGAACCAGAAAAGCUGGAUAUUCCCUUGCUUUAGUAAACUUAACGAUUUGAAUUGUAACGCAAAAGCACGAGAAUUAUGUAAAAAGUAUAAUAUUAUAUUUAUAUAUAAAGAUCAUGCUUUUAAUUCGAA